ACCAAGAAGUUAACUACACUGUCUUUAAACUAUAAUUUCUCAAAUUUCUUGGAACUACACUGUCUCAAAUUUUAGUAUUCUCGGCAUGGUUAGGAAUAUGGAGAACUACUACAAGUUAUACAUUGAACUUGUAUUGUCUACUUGUCUGGUAGUGUCUUCUUUGGCCAUGUCCACAACCAACUUCACCACUGAUCAAUUAGCCCUUCUUAGCUUGAAACAGCAUAUAACUUCUGAUCCUGGAGGUUCAAUCUUGGGAAACAAUUGGUCCACUGCAGUCUCCGUCUGCGGGUGGAUUGGAGUCACUUGCAGCUCUCGCCAUCCGGGCAGAGUUACUCAGGUUAAUAUUUCGAACAUGGGUCUGGCGGGCACCAUUCCUCCAGACAUAGGAAACCUCUCGUUUCUUGUUUCUCUUGACAUGAGAAAUAAUAACUUUCAUGGCGUGCCACCAGAAAGGAUGGUUAAUUUGCGUCGAUUGAGGUACAUUGAUCUGAGAUACAACAACUUUGUUGGAGAGGUACCAUCAUGGUUCGGUUUGUUGGAUAAGCUCCAAUCCCUGCUUUUAUCCAAGAACCAGUUUAGUGGAGUUAUACCAAAACAAAUUGGGAAUCUGUACAAGCUUGAGCACCUGAGAAUGUCCUACAACAACUUGGAAGGAGGAAUACCAAAAGAGAUUUGUAAUUUAACUAUGCUCCAAAGCCUAGUCUUAUGCAGCAACCACCUGACAGGUUCGAUUCCACAAGAAAUCGGCAACUUGAUCAAAUUGGAGAAUCUUUGCCUUCAAUUCAACAGCUUAACUGGUUCGAUUCCAAUUGGGAUGUUUAAUAUUUCGGCCCUGCAGACUUUCUCACUUGUAAGAAAUCAUAUUAUUGGCAAUCUUCCAUCAAACUUUGGUUAUGCUCUACCCAACUUGGAAGAACUUGAAAUUGGUGGCAAUAACUUGAGUGGAGUUAUACCCAAGUCUAUCUCAAACUGUUCAAAACUGGCCAGAUUAUCCCUUGGUCAGAACCAAUUCACUGGCAAAGUUCCCAAUUCCAUUGGAGAUUUAAGACUUCUUGAAGUCCUGGAUUUAUCUGAGAAUGAUCUGACGAGUGAUCAAUCUGAAUCUCCAGAGUUGAGCCUCAUCAUUUCUCUCACAAAUUGCAAAUCAUUAGGAAGACUUGCAUUGGCAGGUAAUCCUCUCAAUGGCAUGCUCCCCGUCUCCAUGGGAAAUCUUUCUAAUUCUCUUGAAAGGAUAUAUGCACGUAGCUGUAGGAUCAGAGGUAGCAUUCCAGAGAGCAUUGGCAACUUGAGCAACUUGAUAGUAUUGAGCCUAUUUGACAAUGCCUUGACUGGUUCCAUCCCUAGUACACUCAAAGGUUUGCAAAAGCUUCAAGGUCUAUUACUUUACGACAAUAACAUCGAAGGAACCAUUCCUACCAAUCUCUGUAAUUUACUAAGUUUGAGUACUGUGGAUGUAAGCCGUAAUCAAAUUUCAGGUUCCAUCCCAGGAUGUAUAGGUAAUCUCACAUCCCUAAGGAAUCUCCAUCUUGGAUUCAACAGAUUAGCCUCUAGUGUUCCUAAAAGUUUGUGGAAUCUCAAGGAUCUCUUGGAACUUAGCCUAACAUCAAAUAUCUUAAUUGGAUCUCUUCCUCCAGAAAUUGGAAAGCUAGAGGUUGUAACGUUGUUAGACUUGUCUGUGAAUCGUUUCUCAGACAGCAUACCUAGUACAACUGGGGAGCUGGAAAAUGUGAUUCACCUUUCUUUGGCACGUAAUGCCAUUCAAGGCUCAAUUCCUGAGUCAUUUAGUAACUUGUUAAGCCUUGAAUUUUUGGACCUGUCGCAUAACAACCUUUCUGGUUCAAUUCCCAAGUCAUUGGAGGCUCUUAAAUUUCUCAAAUACUUCAAUGUUUCUUUUAAUGAUUUAAGAGGUGAGAUUCCAUCUGAUGGUCCUUUCCAAAACUUCAAUCCUGAAUCCUUCAUAUCCAAUGCAGCAUUGUGUGGAGCAUCUCGUUUUCAUGUCAAAUCAUGCGAAACUGUUGCUGAGCAUAGAUUGAAGCACAAGAGGAAUAUACGGAUCAUUUUUGUUGUGUUAGGAACUGCAACUGUACUAAGUGCCAUGGCCUUUGGAUUUCUUUUCUUCAGAUACCGAAAGAAAGAUAUUGUCUCGAGUCGAAGAAAUUUCUCGUCAUUGAUGUCCAAACCAAGAUUUUCAUACAAUGAACUUUUUCAAGCAACUGAUGGUUGGAAUAAUAGAAAUUUACUUGGCUUGGGGAGCUUUGGAUCUGUUUACAAAGGUACUUUUCGUGAUGGGAUAGUUCUGGCUAUCAAAGUAUUUCAUUUGGAACUGGAAAUGGCAUUUGAGAGCUUCGAUGCAGAAUGUGAGAUGUUGAGCAAUUUUCGCCAUCGCAAUCUAACUAAAGUUAUAACUUGUUGCUCUAAUGCUGAUUUUAAGGCCAUAGUGCUUGAAUACAUGCCUAAUGGUAGCCUUGAGAAUUGGUUGUAUUCCCAGAAUCAUUUCUUAGAUGCUACGCAGAGAUUGACUAUCAUGAUUGAUGUUGCAUAUGCACUGCAAUAUCUUCACCAUGGUCAUUCAACACCAAUGGUCCAUUGUGAUCUGAAGCCUAGUAAUAUCUUGCUUAGUCAAGAUAUGGUUGCACAUCUUUGUGAUUUUGGUAUCUCUAAAUUGUUGAGCCAAGAAAGCAGCUUUACAUACACCCAAACACUGGCUACAUGCGGAUAUGUUGCACCAGAGUAUGGAUCUGAAGGACUGGUUUCGACGAGAUGUGAUGUUUACAGUUAUGGAAUUGUACUGAUGGAAGUAUUCACCAGAAAAAAACCCAAUGAUGAGAAGUUUGGUGAAAAUUUGAGCUUGAAGAGUUGGAUACUUGAUUCUUUGCCAAAUGCCAUAGUUCAGGUUAUAGAUGCCAACUUGAUUAGGCCUGAUAAAAGGAGCUUUAGCCAGGAGCUAAAUUGCAUAUCAGCUAUAAUGGAAGUGGCAAUGAAAUGCUCAAGAGAUUCGCCAAGAGACAGAAGUACAAUGGGAGAUGUUCUCGAGGAAUUGAAAAAGAUCAAACUUCUUCUUUCAGCAUUGGACAGAGAAGAUUGAGUCUCAUCUGAUCAAUGGCAAGUGAGGACAUACUGUGGUCAUUAGCUGAAGUCAGAGUUACUUACAAAGGAGUUUUAUAGUCGUUGAUGACUGCAGAUGAAGUUUGUCAUGCUGCCACAGAAUGAGGAUCUUGGUUCUUGAUAGAAAUCAAUAGACAGAGGGAAAUUUUUGGGCGUAAUGAUUUUUUUACACUCGCAACUUUGGAUUUAUGCUACAUAUGCAUGAUCUGAAUUUCAAAUUUGGAUGCAUAUUAUGUGACA